GUACACCCAGCGGAGAGACCACCACCUCCUGGUCGUGGAUUCGUCUCUCAAUCUAGGGCCAGGAAUUUGCCGCCCGGGAAGAGAUUGGCGAGGAGAGAGAGGGGGAGGAGAGAGAGGGGAGCAGGUACAGGCGCGAUUGAUGGGGUAUGCGGGCGCGGAAGAGGUGCGGGGAAGAGGCGACGUGGAAGGAGAGGAACGCUUGAUUAAUUGAUGAGGUUGGUCAUAUCUGUGCUCCCUCCCGGGCCGCCAUGACGGCAGCCAUCUCUGUCCGUGUCUGCUUGUGAUUACGGUCAUGGAGGACCAUGAUUUUAUUUCGACGUCUCACCAAUUUGCCGCGCCAGGAGGAAGGGAACAGUCCAGAACAGAGUAAAUACGCUAAGAAGGUACGGGGAUUCAGUGGAACUGAACAAAAGAGGGUCUCUCUAGCCGUCUCCCUCUUCGUAGAGAAUAAAGUUUGCAAGGUGGAAAUCGGAAGGGGGGGGUAGGAAGGGGUUACGAUCCCCCUUGGCAGCUGCCGGACAAAAUCUCCAAUUUGGUGGACUCUUUUUUGACCCUUUAUUCCGUCGACGAUGCGGUUCCGCGUGGGCGUCCUCGCCUGGAGGGUGGGCAGAGUCGGGUCUUAGGCAACACGGUGGAUCGAGAAGAGGGGCUGCGGUAUGGAUACGUCUGUAAAUAGAUUUAUGAUUAUGAUGAGUCGGUGAAGACGAAAAAAUCUUCCACAGUCACCCUUCUCUUUUUGAUGUUGUAUUCAGCGAAUAUACUAGACAUAGAGAGAGAGAGAGAGAGAGAGAGAGAGAGAGAGAGAGAGAGAGAGAGAGAGAGAGAGAGAGAGAGAAUGAUUGAUGGAUUGGGGUUGAUUGAAUGAUUGAUUGAUUGAUUGAUUGAGUGAUGAUUGAUUGAUUGAUUGAUUUCUCGCUUUCGAAAGUUCCGAAAGGGGGAAAGGAGUGGUGUGGCGAGUAUGGGGGUUAUGGUUGGUAAUUCGACUUUGUCGGUUACACGGCGGCGGCUUAUUAGCAGGCUUCCGUUUGAUUUUGUCUCUCUACAGUUGAGUCAGUCCUGUGCUCAACUUUGAACUGUUUUUUUUCUGUUCUUCUGGUCGUCGUUGUUGCUUGAUUCAUCGUCGUCGUGUUUUGUUGCUGGUGCUUUUCUGAGCAAUAGCAAGUAAAUUAAGUACUGGGUUAUUACGUAUGCCCGCUUGGGGAGGAGGGAUGAGGAAAGAGUACUCCUCAUACCUCCUUAUCCCUUAUCCAUCUGCUGCUGGAUCUGUAUGACGUGUCGCGCGGAUCCCCCAGGUUGUGGCAAUGCGCUGUCGUUUUUGUGCAGUCACGGAGUGUUUUUGCUGAUGCGUAGUUGGUCCUCUCGCUCGUCAUCUCCAUCGCCAUCGCCAUAACCAUAGCUAUCGGCUUCUUCUUCAGCACCAUCGCCAUCGCCAAAGCUAUCGGCUUCUUCUUCAGCACCAUCGCCAUAGCCAUAGCUAUCGGCUUCUUCUUCAGCAUCUUCCUUGUCAUCGCCGUCGUCAUCGCCAAAGCUGUCGGCUUCUUCUUCAGCACCAUUGCCAUAGCCAUCGCCGUUGAGGGCACGAAGCCGCUGCUUUCAUGUCCUCGUCGGUCGUGUUUGGUUACCAAAUGCCUCUGCGGCAGGACACUUCCACGGGACUGAUGGAUUUUCUGAGUACGGUCUUGUCCCAGAGUGGUCCCAAUCGAUUGCCUUACUGCGAAGAUGUGCGCUUCACCAUUCGCGGUCACCUUAACUCCACGAUUCAGGCGUUUCCAGGCUUGACCCUGACGACGAGCACGUUUCAGUAUCCCGACGGUAGGUCGUCGAACAUCUUGCAGGUGGAGGGUACGAUCCCGAUGCAUUUCCAGAGCGCCAAGUACAACAUACCGGUGAAGAUCUGUUUGCUUGAGGAUUAUCCGCGGGGCCCCCCGCUGGUCUCCGUGGUCCCCACUCGAGAUAUGGUGAUCAAAGUUCCACACCCCUUCGUAGACGCCACGGGAGUCGUCAGAUCUAGCCAUCUUCAGCACUGGGUGUACCCUCGCAGCGACCUCCAGAGUAUGGUACAGCAGCUGUCAGAGAUGUUCGGUAAGAACCCCCCACUCUAUUCCCGCUCGAUCCCUGGGCAAGCCAACAACACCCCACCUCCGCCAUCUCCCCCCGUUGUAGACCACUCCUCCCCCCCGUCGUCUCUCCUACCGUCGAUUUCUAUGCCUAAUCCUCAUCCGUCCAUGAUGCCUUACCCAGGGAACAGCUUCAUGCCCCACUCAUUUCGCCCUUCCCCUUCGCCUCCUCCUCCUCCUCCUCCGAUGACGACGACGACGACGACGACGACUAAUCAUGCCUUACCCACAUCUCGAUAUCCACACCCCGGUGCACUCACACAAAAUCCUCUUCCGUUCCCCUCCACCUUCCUCACCUCCUCGCACGCUCAGCACUCAUCAUCCCAUCCCGGCUUCGAUGGCAUGCCGAUGCCUCAUCUUCGGCCUGGCCCCGUGAAUGGCUCGGGGGCCUCGCCUCUUAAUCUUCCCUCCAAUGCGAUUUCCCCGUCCUCCUCUCUCCCAAUUACGACCCCGAUGCCCGGGUCGCGUGCUUCUCCCUCCUCGCUUGAAACUUCCUCGGACGCGGUCAAGCGGAGAACCAUCCUCAAUCUGCAGGACAGGCUUGAUGCCGACGUAACUACCUAUGAAAAAAGGCUCCAUGCGGAGGAGGAUAACCACCGGAAUAUUCAGGUGCUGUUGGCGCGCAGGUCCGCUGAGAUCGAGACCGGGGUGAGGGAGUUGGUACAUGAGAAGGAGGCUUUAGAACACCGCCUCCAGGUGGUGCUGACGAAUACCGAUGUGCUGGAAUCUUGGCUGAGAGAGAACGCGGGGAAGGGAGGUUGUGGGGAAGGGAGAGGCGAGGAGAAUGAUGCAGACGACGAUGACAACAAGGUGUUGGCCGAGAUCGACACGGUGUUCCUUCCCUUCGAUUCCUUAUCGAGGCAGCUUCUGGAAUCGACGGCAGAGGAUCUCGCACUAGAAGACGUGAUGUACUCUCUUGACAAGGCGCUUCACGACGGCGUGAUUUCGCUGGAAACGUACAUGAAGCACACACGAAUCUGCGCCAGGGAGCAGUUUUUUCAGAGAGCGACGGAGCUGUUGGUGGGUUCGGUGCAAGCCAAACAUCACCCGGCUUCAUAUGGGGGAGGGUUGGGUGGCCUGGCGCUCUUCUCCGCCAACAUGAACGCGAGACGGACCUCCUACCCUCGCUCCUAGCACGCCUAUCCCCUGUUUCCCUGUAAACCCUCAUUCCGGAGGGCAGGAACAAACUUACUAGUAUUUCGAAGGGGAAGCGAAGAACCGGUGUUGGUAGCUUCAUGUGAUGGGUGAUCAGGGGCGCUGGCUCACUGCUGCGGCUUUAUCACCGUUCUCUCUUCCCUCCCCCCCCCCCCCCCSCUCUCUCUCUCUCGCUCUCUUUCUCUCUCUCGCUGCGUUGCGCUGUAGUGUCGUUAUCAAUCUCGGAGGCGAUCGGGUGGAUUUGUGGUUGGGCAUCGUCGUCGGAUUGGGUGUUUGCAGGAUUCUUUGGAGAGUAGGGAAAGUGAAGCGGGGAAGAGCGCAGACAGAUUAUUCUACAGUCUGACCUGCAAGAGUGGAAACGGGUAUGGUGCAAGUAGUUGGUGAUGUUGCCUUAGUGAAGACGGAGAAGGGCACUUCGUUUGAAAUGAUACCACAGAAUUUGACUUGAAAGCUUUAUUGGAAAGAGAUACAGCUAUAUUACAGUCGAGAUCCGGAUGGUUCACCCCAGUAGAAUGCCUCUACCCUCACCAAGGAGCAGCUAAGUGGGGAGAAAGAGAGAGAGAGAGAGAGAGAGAGAGAGAGAGAGAGAGAGACAAUGGCAAGAAGAGGACAUAGAUGGGUAAGAGAGGUCGACAGAAGGAAAAUGACUAGAGCUGUGAAUUGAUGCUCGUGGCAAGCCAUCAUCAGCCAUGAGAAUGGCCUUUGUAGGUAGAUCUGGCGGAGAUCAUUGAGGUUGCUGUACGAUGGAAGACGCUAGCUGCACUUCGUUAGGUGAAGGGGGUGUGGGAGGUGCCAGACCUGGAAGCAACGUUCGGCUGCGCGCUACGAGAGAGUAUCUGGGUAAAAUCAUAAUUACUAAAUUGGAAUGGUUCCCGUGACGACACUCCGCACAAAUACGCUGCGCUGAAAAAAGCAGAUUGGGCAUAUGUCACAGCCCCUCGUUUGUUGUCCUCUUCUCUCUCUCUGCCUACGGUUUACCGGGCAGUUCUAUUUGUGACGAUAUAUAUGAUAAUAACAAUCUCGUUUCCGCCCCGCACUGGGCCCAUCGCGAUUGCGCGUUCAGGAGGAUCCAUGCCCUAUGCGAACAGCAUUUCUCGAAUUCAUGCAGACGACACACCUGCAGUCAGCCGGGGCGCCGUUGGCCGUUACCUGACCUACGCCUCUGCAGGAGAGAAAGGAGAGAGAACGGAAAUGGUAGAGGCACGCAGCUGCUUGAAUAGCACAAGGUCAUGCUAAGAUUCGUGAGCGGCUUCAGUCGGGGAAGGAGGGACAAGUAACACGGCAGUUGAGAGAGAGAGAGGAGGUCGCAGCGGCAGUUGAGAGAGAGAGAGGAGGUCGCAGCGGCAGUUGAGAGAGAGAGAGAGAGAGAGAGAGAGAGAGAGAGAGAGGAGGUCUGAAGCGGCAGUUUCGAGGGAAUGAAAAGGUAUCGGCGUCAAAUUUUGCCUCCGAUGGGUAUCAUCUCUGAGAACGAAAUGUACUACUGUUAAUGACUGAAGGUUCAGUUUCAAGUUGAGCCGUGAUGAUCACUGUUGCAUGCAUGAUCAAGUCAAGUGAAGUGAAGUAAGAACGCCCAGUCGAAUCGCGAUUGCUUCGUCAUAGCAGUGGUAGCUACUAACUCACGGUGAGUACUAACUAACUACUCCUGUCCCCCCUCUGUCAGAGCAGGAGCCCUUAGUGGUGGCGCAAUGGAUAUAUAAGGAUAAGGAUUACGACUCCUUAGUCCUGCGCCAGUGUAGAAAAGGGGAGGUAAUAUAUGUCUAUACAUGCUUUGCUAUGGUGUGAGUGCACACAAGUUUUCCUAUCCCAGUGAGUGGCCUUUCUCUGUAAAGCGGAGCGCUGGAAUAACAGAGUGCAAGGGAUGUGUUAUUCCGCUGCCACAAUUCCGUUG